UAACAAUUGUUAAAAUCAGCCACAGAGCCCAAUCCGAGGGCUGCGCAGCUGCACACGAAGGCCCGAGGCUACGACAAACGCGACACGCAAUCGCUGCUGCGAGGCGGGCCGCGCAGCUUCACCAAGUGGCACUCAGACUCAGAGAGCAGCAUCGCAUCAACUUCACCGGUCGAGCCGACGGGCGUGGUCCGCCAGCUCGGACAGUCUAGAUCGCAAGCACGCAACAGCAGCAAUGCGCAAAAUUCGCUUUUUAGCCUACGCAGUCGCCGCGUCGGCCCUCGCCCCGCAGCGUCUUGCGAGGCGCCGCCAACUGAUUGGAGGGCUCGCCACUUGCUCGACGGCGCUCGCGCCGACCCUUGCGAAUGCCCUGGUCAAGGGCAGCGCACCGCCGCCCAAGGCUUCAAGAGGAGAGAAGCGCACCUGUAAGACGAUCGACGAGUGCGAGGAGGUGGGGAGGCAGCGCGCCGCGGCCGCGUUUGAUGCCCAAAACGAUCAACCCUUUUUUACGACCAAAGACGGCGUGCGCUGGCGCGACGUGCGCGAGGGUUCUGGUGGAGAGGUCGGCCGGGGCGACGGCGUCCUGUUGAAAUAUAGGGUCAUGCGGCUAGGCAAGCGCGCGACGGACAACUUGUCGGGCGAGGCGUCGCCCGUCUUCUCGCUGGGCUAUGGCGAGGACGACGACACGGAGAAGGACGUCCUGCAGGCCGUUGUCGGCGCGAAGCAGCUCAUCCCCGCGCUGGAUUCGGCCCUGGUGGGCAUGCGCAAAGGAGGUUCUCGGAGGUUAUUUGUGGUGCCGGAGAAAGGGUGGAAAAAAAUCAACGCGUCGUGCUCGGCGGCGACGAACGGCGCCAGCAACGCGGGCGACGCGUCGGCGGGCGGGUUGGACGUCUUGGGCCAGGCCGUCGUCCCGCUGGCCGAGAUCGUGGACAACGACGCGUGCAUCGAGGACGUGCUCCUGCCGCAGCCGCGGAACUUCGGGGCGAAGCGGCGGCUCGCGCGGCGCUUCGACGAGGGCUUGUUGGUGGAGGUCGAGGUCGUGGACCUUAGGAAAGGUGGUUAAUUACGCCC